AUCACACUAUUUGAUAUUAUACUUCAUACUGCGUAGGCAAUCGCUUCAGCAUGUCGAGCAUGCUGCACCACAGACAAGCAUCCACCUCAGUGGUGCAGCGAGGACAGUCGCGACGGGCUGCUGUGGCCCCGAUGUGCACACUGAGGGUUAACGAGCCUGUGCCGGUGCAGCAGCGGCUCCUGUCCGCCGGCAUCGCGGCCGCAACCUCGCUGGUCCUGCUGGCGUCUUUCCCGCUGGCCUCCUCGGCUGCCCGCUUGGAGCUGCCCAACAAGGAGGUGGAUGACGCCACCUCGCCCUUCGUGCAGGAGCUGUUGAAGCGCUCCAAUGAGAACCGGGAGCGCUACCAGAAGGAGCGCCUGCAGGACUACUACCGGCGCAACUUCAAGGAGUAUUUUGAGUUCGAGGGCUCCACCGCCAAGGUUGGGAAAGCCCGGGGCCUGAGCCCUGAGACACAGCAAGCCAUCGCGAAGUGGCUGGAGGAGAACAAGUGAUCACAAACAGCGUUGUGGGACUGCGCGGACAUCAGAGGCGUGCAUUAUGGGAGCAGCCAAGGUGGCCAGAGCCUGACAGUUUCACCCCUGGAACCUGGUAGGCCGUAUGGCAGGGUUAGGGCACGGUAGGUGAACACGCGCCAGGAUAGGAGGCUUGAAGGCAUGAGCGCCGGACGACGUAACCUUGUUAUGCUGAAAACUUUGUGUUGAGUUGUUCACUGCUGAGUGUUGAGAAGUGGGUUCGGCAAGCCUGAUUUACAAGCGGGUGCGUUACACACGGUGCAGCUACGCUGCCUGGCACCUUCGGUAGUCUGGGUAUGUAAUGCGCAUGUGUA